AUGACGAGGUUGAGGACACGACCACCCAAGCCACAGCCGCCCGCACAAGUCGAGGAAGGGCCAAUGGGAAGCAGAUUCCACCCCACCCAACCGCCAGCGGAGCGCCGAAACCUCGACAACAGCCACGGAGCCCCAGGCCGAUCUAACCCACCAGACACCGCUGCCACCGAGACAAAGUCCAGGAAACGGUCUGCCGCCGCUGCAGAAUGGGAUGUGCCCCAACGAUCUGGAGGAGCUGUUAUUCCAGCGAGCUAUUCACGUGGGAACGCGGUUGAUCCAAACCAGCCCGACGCUGGUUGUCCACCUCAAACUCGAAACAAUGAACAAUGUAUUCUGGAUUUUACUAUUUUCGAUCCGGACGCUCCAGUGAUAUUUCCUAGUGAUUAUUACAGAAUUGUAGAUAAGGAAAGUAUAGACCAGAAAACCCCACAGGAGGAUAAAAAAGUAACACAAAAACUAUUUCCCGCUGGAUGGCAGCCAGGUGGAAGUAUCUCAAAUGAGAUGAAGGAAAGUUUGAUUGUCAAGUCUGCCUCUCGUGGGAUCAAUGCCGACCCCGAACCACCACAAUUUACAACCAUGAUUCGCGAACGUCGAAUUAAUGAGACGCCGCAGCCCAACAAAUUGUUGUCCGAAUCCGCCAAACUAUAUGAGGCUAUUUCGGGUAUAGAACUGACAUGCGCCUUAGAAGCUGCAAAAAUCCAAGCUCUCGAAAAGUUGACUGCACAGCAGUGGAACAAUCUGAUCAUGUGGCAUCAGCGCCUGAUUCAUCGCCAUCAUGACCUAUAUGUGUGCACACAGUAUCCAACAACCUGCGGAGAUCUCUUCAAGCUUCUUGUUGCACACAAAAUGCCUCCUCGAAUGUUGCACCAUGGCAUCUAUGCAUUCCUGGAAGUUAUGAAAUCUCGACUCCCAGAUAGUCGGAAUUACAUGAUUCAGUUCGUCCAACAUGUGUACGACCUGAUGCAGGUGCUGGUAGAAAGUGCCCCCAGAUUUAAAAAUAUGUGGUUAGAAUGUCUUGGCGACCUGGCCGCUUAUAGAAUGUCCCUCGAGAGUACGUUUUCUGAAGAGAGAAUAACGCGGGCUAAGCAAUCGACGAAUUGGUAUUACGCGGCUGCCGACGAGAACUAUGGAAAGGGAAGCCUUUACCAUCGACUUGGUAAUCUUGUGGCGAACGAUUUGGGUCGAAAGUUCUUCUUAUACUCUAGGUCUCUUAUAUCUACCGAACGAUGCGAAAAAUCUAAGAGCGGCGUUGAAAGCGCCUUUGUCGUGGCCUUACAAUCAAUCAACAGUCGUGGACCCAUCGACCCAGGAAUCCCGUCCUGGUUUGUGAGUGCGCAUACUCUGCUUCUUCGCGGUGACUCAAUUAGCAAGUUCAUUGCGUAUUCCCAGGAGUUUUGUGCUCUCUUACACCUUAGAAUUGCUCAAAACCUCAAAUUGAAUGGAGCUGGAAUGUACCUGGGAGUCCCCAACAUAGCAGCAAUGUUACAAUACGGCGAAGAGGAGGGAAUCCUUAGGAACAUGUUCAUAGAUUCUCACAAGCUGAGCUCGGAGGCCAAACUACAACGCGCGAUGCAAUACUGGGCCAAACAUUCUACCGAUCCCCCGCGAAACACUCCGGAAGAUGAGAUCUCAUCUCCUACAGCAACUUUCUCUACUCCUUUGGAAAAGCUUUCUUACAGCACUUAUUUAGCCUUCUUCACACUUUCCACUGUUCUUUCACAUACCCAUAUCGAUGAAAUUAUGCCCUUUGUUCACAUCUUCCUUGCCUUUAUUUGGAGUUUGGCAUUGGUUCCGGAUGCCAUGAUAUGCGUUGAGAGAGAAAUUCCCUGGAGCAAAAUUACUAAAUUUUUAAAUUCGUUAGACCAGGACCAUGCCAGCAUACUCCGGCUUGAAAGUACUAACUUCCCCAUAUAUGAUCGAACGCUUUUUUCGCAAAUACCCGAUGAUUUCUCCAUUCGAGGACAAAUCUGGUCGCAAGGUAUAUAUCCGGACAAUUUCUUUCUGAACCCUCUGCCUAAAGAUGAGCGCGGAUUCGACACGAAAUCCUCCAAGGAUACCCGCAACGAGCGUUGUUUAUGGUAUGGAUAUCGUCUAGCAUCGUGUGAACGUUGGAUUCAGCUGUUCACCGACGAAAAAACAGGCGACAGGGACUUUAGACUCACAUCCCUCGCUGAGCACCUCGAGGCGACUGCGAAACAUCCUGACGUGUUUAAGCCCACACAAGGGGCCAUUCCUUCCAGAUCUGGAAGAUCACAGCCGGCUAGAAAAAGGAAAGACCGUUGA